CAAAAAUGAUACAAUACUUGUCCACACAAAUAUUGUUCUCCUCCAGUACCACACAAGUCUUUUCAAUUGGGAAGUUCAGAUUGGAGGAGUAAUGAUCCGGCAUAAACUUGAGGUAUUCCUCCACCAUGGUGGAAUUCGGCUCUUUGCUCCAGUUUACCUUCAACAAUAAGAGGAGCACUUCUCAGAAAGGUUUGUACGUAGUAAAUUGGUCGGCUUUUGAAUUGCAGCAUGCAUGGAUGGCUCGAACUAUCAGUGACAUUGUUGCUGACAAGAACUCUACCUUCACCUUGAAGCAGAAACAGAUGGGUAAGUCACAUAUUUUCAAGCUUGGGGGUAAUUUUUCAUGUCCCAUGUCUGGUAUGUUGCAUUGUUUGAUUGCAAAUCUGGACUGGAUACUUCAACGACAUUCCAUUUGCGCCAUAAUCCAGAUUGACAAUCAGAAAAUGCAACAUUAUAUGGCAAGAGGUUCAAAUAGACAAUAAGGCAUAUUAGUUAGAAAUAAGCAUGCAUUGUAGCAUUUAGCACAAGCCAGGUCAAGGUUUAGAGUCUAGAACUUACUUGAAAGACACCAAGCCUGUGAUUGUAUUCCGAGUCGGGCACUGUCAAGGAAACAGUCAUCUGCAAUUUGUGACCAU